CCCAGGUUCAAACCUGAUUUAAAAAAUUAAUAAAUAACAGAAAAACAAAUCGAGGAGUCGAAUCGAAAGCUGCGUGCAGGUUCUGAGUUAGGAGGAGCAAGAGGUACAUCAUGGCGGGUAUUCCCAGGUUGUCGAGGUUAUUUGCAACUAUAAAUUGUGGAUCAAAGAAGAUUUUCAGUGGAGCUGUCACCAAUUUGUCAACUCCAGAUAGGACAAGGCAAUUGUUGACACCAUUAGCUGCUGGAUAUAAAACUUAUUUGCCGUGGAUGCCAUGGCCUCAGACCGUACCUCAUGCGGAGCCGGAGGUGACACCGGAACAGGAAAAGUUGAUUGACAACGUAACGCAAACCAUCAACAACCAAUUGGAAUCAAAGGACACAAGUCGAUUAUUCGCUGUUGUACAAGUUACUGGGAAGCAAUUUAAAAUCACUGAAAGUGAUUUGAUAAUAAUCCAAGGAUAUUGGCCGCCCCAGCCAGGGGACAAAUUGAAAUUGGAAAAAGUUCUUCUCGUUGGUGGCACUGACUUCACUCUUGUUGGAAGACCAAUUUUAAAUCGAGAACUGGCGAGUGUCGAUGCAACUGUUAUCGAGAAAACCUUCUCGCAUACAAAAACAUUUUUUAAGAUGAGAAAAAGAAAACAGUAUCGCCGAAUUCAUUUUCGGAGGAUGCAGCACACAAUCGUGAGGAUAAACUCGAUCAACAUAAACCGAGCAAUCGACAAGAAGCCAGAAGUGGAAGGACUGGAUAGAAUAUUCUGAGAUUUCUGUACAUAACAAAAUUUACUUGAUUAAAUAUAAUGUAACAAACCA